AUGUCCAUUAAGCCCCUGCCUGAGGACGUCAUCCGCCGCAUCAGAUCCUCCGCCACCGUAACCUCUCUCAACGGUGUCGUCUGCGCCCUCAUCAAGAACUCCCUGGAUGCAGGCGCCACCAGGCUCAACAUCACCGUCGACUACUCCCGUGGCAAUUGCACGGCCGAGGAUGAUGGGCUAGGCAUCUUGCCUCUAGAGUUUCGAGAGACUGGCGGACUGGGCAAACAGCACCACACAUCAAGACACUCACCCGAACAUGAGUGUUACGGCGCUAAUGGAAACUUCCUCGCUUCGGUGGCUGCCCUGUCUCUCCUCACCAUCACUUCUCACCACUACCUGCAUAACUCACAAAGCUCACUCACCAUUCAUAACUCGCGAGUCUUGGCCCGCAACAUCCCGGCCCUUCCAGAACAGCGCCUGCUCACCUUCAGCCAUGGGACCCGUGUUACGGUUAGAGAUCUGUUCGGCUCCAUGGCUGUUCGAGUCAAGCAGAGAGCUGUAGCCUCAGAGAAAGCCGCCGUGGAUAGGGAAUGGGGUCGUCUGGUCCACGAUGUCACUGCCCUCUUGUUGGCUUGGCCUUCGGACGUGGCCCUCUUCGUCCGAGACACCGUCAGCAACAACGAGACACGUUUUAGGCCCAACACGACCUCCAAGUCGGAUUUGGUGACUCGUUCAUCACGGAUUCUGGCUCAGUCGGGCUGUGUGGAUGGCCUGGACCAAGCACCCUGGACUCCCAUCGGCGCGUCCGUGGGAAAGUUGAGCAUUGAAGGAUGCGUAUCGUUGAGCCCAGUGGCCACCCGUCGAACUCAGUUCAUAAGCUUCGGCGUUCACCCCGUGACCAAUGAGCACGGGACGAACGUCUUGUACAACGAGGUCAACCGCGUCUUUAUCAAUUCCGGUUUUGCGAUAGAGCAAGAUGCGCCGAUUUCCAGCGACUCGCCCCUUGCGGCGCUUCCAACAUCGAGGGAUCCUUCGGACAGAAUUGCUCGCCCUAAACCUCGACUUCGCGGGCCCGGCCGCUUCUGGGCUCCUCCUUUGAGGAUCUUCUUGGUGAUCGGAACCGUACCCUUGCGGAUAUGA